UAUGAAAUGGAUUAUAUGCGAAUGAAUUUGUUACACAAUCUAGUGAAACAUAAAAAUUAUCUUCAAGGAUAUAUGGUAUACAAUGGUGUAUACAAAAUUAAUGAUUUCAAAAUAUAGCUACAUUCUUUUAUUAGGUAGUUAUCUCGUCUGUUUAUCCUGCACCAAAAUAAAAAUUCACUUCAAUUCAAUAUGAUUUUCGUACAAAAAUAAUUCUUUCCGACAUAUCGAUGCAAAUAUCUCGGUAUGCGUCGUGAAGAAAAAAUGCCAUUGAAAAUACUCAAAAUGACAACAUCCAUUAUUAUAAAAAAAAAAAAAAGAAACAAGAAUCCAAGUAAUCGAUCUUGAAUAAUUAUACGCUGGACAUUUCUUCCCCAAUAGUCGCUAUUAUCGAACGCGGUGUCGCGUUUUGAUCGUACACGCUACGGGCCAUUCACUUUCGUUUCGUCGGGGUGGUUGCACGAUGCGUCGCGCGACGCGGAGAGGGUUGAAGCGGCUGGCGCAGCCGCGCUGACCGUUGUCCGGCCGCUAGAUCGCGGAUUAUCCUCGCACCUGCACGAUCGUGAGGAGCAAGACAGCGGUGUGAACGAAAAAGAGGGAGAGUUGCAGUCUGGUGAACCUGCUGGAAAAGACAAUCAAACAAGAUAAGGGGAUCACGAGUUGCAAACGGGGAGUCCAGGAUGGAGAAGGCAGAGUCCUCCAACGAGGACGAUAGCAAUACCGAGCUGGAGGACCGGGACCCCAACAGCUUGAACAAACACCUUCAGGUGAUGUGGGAUGAUGUGAUCGGGGAACCGGAAGGAAUACGCAGUCCGGAGUGCGCGUGGCGUCUAAGCGGUCACUGUUUCCGGUUGUCCAGAAGCUGCUGUUACGUGUUCCUCUCGGUCCUCGUAUCUCCUUUACUCGCCCUUUGCUUCGGUUUUACGUUUGCCUGCCUCGCGUUUCAGGUGAGUCGUCGACCUUUUUCUCUAUUUUCUGAUCGAUCAGUGCUACCCACCGUUCUUACCCUCUCUACACAAUACUACCAUUAUACGAACAUUAUCGCGAUGCUUACGAUUAUUUUUGUUUCUCAGCCUAUUGGAAAUGUAGGUCGUCGCUUUACUAUCGAUUUUCAGUGGAAGAAUUUCUUUCUUUCUAUAUUAUUUUGUAUAAAUAUUUCUUGGAAGUUCCUUUUCUUGGAAACUUCAUUCUUUUUUUUCUUUCAAGCACACGUUUAUACAACACUUAAUAUAUCAAUACAUUGAUGUACGGAUCAUGAAAACUAUUAUUUUGUAAUCACAAUAAAUGUACAAGGCAAUCGAAAAUUUCUUUGCACAAUUCGGUUUUUAAUUUCUCAGUUAAUGGGUAGAGAUAUUGGAAUGUGUCCCGAGUGCAAAGGAUAAAUAAGAUUUUAAUGGUGUUUUUAACAACGUUUUAGACGUACAUAUCUUAUUUUUCGUAAGUAUCCUAAUGCUUAUGAACGGGAGUAUAUAUUUUGAUAAUUUGUAUUAUUGCCCGCUUGUCACUAACAAUUUGCCACUAAAUUAUAGAAAUAACAUUUAGUUGCAAGAAAAGAGAUUAAUAGAAGGAAAU